AUGAAAUUCGGAGGAUGGAGGGCGACGAACAGAGGCGUGCCGGUGGACCGCCUGCAGCGAAUGCCACCACCAUUACAAGAGGCGUUCACUGAAACCAAAGUUACUGCGAUACCGGCCGUGUACGUGGUCACGCCAACGUACCGUCGACCGACCCAGAUGCCAGACCUGGUGCGCGUCGCCCAGGCUCUCGUGCUAGCCACGGGAGUGUUCUGGGUGCUCGUUGAGGAUUCCAACCAACCCACGGAAGCGGCAAACGUCAGGCUGCCUGGCGUUCUGUGCUUCGCCGACGACGACAAUUCCUAUGACCGUUGCCUGCUCGACGAGGUGAGCCUUCUAGUGCGAAGUCUUAUAACUCAUGAAAAUCCGGGUACACAAACUGUGAGCGUGUUCCCUGUCGGAUCCCUUUUGAGAACCGGAGUCAGUAGCCCCGUGGUAGUGGAUGGCAGCGUGGUAGGCUUUCACGACCCGGCCGCCAAGGGGCGACGCUUUGCCGUCGACAUGGCGGGCUUCGCCAUCAACCUGCGUCUAGUGGUCAACAACACACACCUCUCCAUGCCCCACAGAGAAGGUCGCCAGGAGACAGAAUUCCUCGAAAGCCUCAACGUAUCGCUUGCAGACCUGGAGCCACUGUGCGAGAACGCCACGAAGGUUUAG